CAACGAACUCAACAAAUGCUCCUUUGGCAAGAGCCAUCCCUCGGCGUGUGUUCCGGCACGCCUGGCGGUGCUGCCCAGCACGGAGGGCCCAGCAACACCCCCUCCCCGCGGCGGGGUGCGGGAUCGGCGCGUGCAGGAACAAAGCCGCUGCAACCCGGCACAGCCCGCUCCCACCGGGGCUGCCCCCACCGCCGGCCACGCGCAGGGGCUGUCACCAGCAGGAGGAAGGCCGGGGAGGAGGGGGGGUGUCUCAUCCCGCGGCACGCAGCUCGCCGCCACUCACCGCGCCGAUCCGAGCCGCUGUACGGGCGCAACGAGGCGGCCGCAGGUGCCGCGGAGGAGGAAGCGGGGGCGGGCGGCGCUGGUGAGCCAACCGGGGCCCGGCGCGGCGCCGUGAGUCACCACGGCCGCGCAGGGCGGCCGGGCAGCUGGUAUAAGAGCGCCGCGGGGACACCCUCCUCCCGUGCCUGUCUCCGGCUCCCUGCUCUCUUCAUCGCCUCUCUGACCGCGACGUCUGCACGCCCACCCUCCCCGCCUCUCUCCCUCUCUCUGUCCCUCAGCGCGGCGAUGCGGUCGAGCCGGCAGCUCGGAGACCGGAGCGCGGCGGCCGGCGGCGGGUGUGGGGCGCGGCGGUGGGCGCUCUGCCUGCUGCUCGCCCUCGGCUGCCUGCGUACUGCCACCGACGGUGCAAAAACAAAAUGUGAAGAAUCCCAGUUUGCAUGUAGUAAUGGACGCUGUAUUCCUUUGCUCUGGAAAUGUGAUGGUGAUGAAGACUGUUCAGAUGGCAGUGAUGAAAGUGCUUGCGUGAAGAAGACAUGUGCUGAAUCUGACUUCGUAUGUAAUAGUGGUCAGUGUGUGCCGAACAGAUGGCAGUGUGAUGGGGAUCCGGACUGUGAAGAUGGAUCUGAUGAGAGUGCUGAGCUGUGCCAUAUGAGAACAUGCCGGGUAAAUGAGAUCAGCUGUGGUCCUCAGUCAACACAGUGUAUCCCAGUGUCCUGGAAAUGUGAUGGUGAAAAAGACUGUGACAGUGGAGAAGAUGAAGAGAAUUGUGGCAACGUGACUUGUAGUGCAGCAGAGUUCACAUGCACUAGUGGGCAAUGUAUUUCCAAGAGCUUUGUCUGCAAUGGUCAAGAUGACUGCAGUGAUGGUAGUGAUGAGUUGGAGUGUGCACCUCCAACAUGUGGUGUUCAUGAGUUCCAGUGCAAGAGCUCCACUUGCAUCUCUGCCAGCUGGGUGUGUGAUGAUGAUGCUGACUGCCCUGACCACUCUGAUGAAUCUUUGGAGCAAUGUGGCCGACAGCCUUUGCCUCCUGUAAAGUGUUCUACCAGUGAGGUGCAGUGUGGCUCAGGUGAAUGUAUCCACAAGAAGUGGCGCUGUGAUGGAGAUCCUGACUGCAAAGAUGGAAGUGAUGAAAUAAACUGCCCUUCUCGGACCUGUAGACCAGACCAGUUCAGGUGUGAAGAUGGGAACUGUAUCCAUGGGACUAGGCAGUGCAAUGGUGUGAGAGACUGUCUAGAUGGCACUGAUGAAGCGAACUGUAACAGUGUUAUUCAGUGUUCUGGACCUGGCAAAUUCAAGUGCAGAAGUGGAGAAUGCAUAGAUGUUAACAAAGUGUGUAACCAUCAGGGAGACUGCAGUGACUGGAGUGAUGAGCCUCUCAAGGAAUGUAACAUAAAUGAAUGUUUAGUCAACAAUGGUGGAUGCUCUCACAUCUGCAGAGAUCUUGUUAUUGGCUAUGAAUGUGACUGUCCAGCUGGGUUUGAGCUUGUAGACAAGAGGACGUGUGGAGAUAUUGAUGAAUGCCAAAAUCCUGGUAUCUGUAGCCAAAUCUGUAUCAACCUGAAAGGGGGAUACAAGUGUGAAUGUAGCCGUGGCUAUCAGAUGGAUCUUGCUACAGGAGUGUGCAAGGCUGUGGGGAAAGAACCAUGUCUGAUUUUCACCAACCGACGGGAUAUCAGGAAGAUUGGCCUUGAGAGAAAAGAAUACAUUCAGCUAGUAGAGCAGCUAAGAAACACAGUUGCUCUAGAUGCUGAUAUUGCUGAGCAAAAGCUUUAUUGGGCUGACUUCAGCCAAAAAGCAAUUUUCAGUGCCUCUAUUGAUACCCGUGAUAAAGUUGGAACACACACUAGAAUCCUAGACAACAUACACAGCCCUGCAGGAAUUGCUGUUGACUGGAUUUAUAAGAACAUCUACUGGACUGACUCAUCUGCAAAGACCAUUUCAGUGGCCAGCCUGAAUGGCAAGAAAAGAAAGGUUUUAUUUCUUUCUGAUCUGAGAGAGCCAGCUUCUAUUGCUGUAGACCCUCUCUCUGGCUUUAUGUACUGGUCAGACUGGGGUGAGCCAGCCAAAAUUGAAAAAGCAGGAAUGAAUGGAUUUGACAGACAGCAGCUUGUGACAACAGAAAUCCAGUGGCCUAAUGGCAUUGCUCUAGAUCUUGUAAAAAGCCGUCUGUAUUGGCUAGAUUCUAAACUACAUAUGCUGUCAAGUGUGGAUCUGAAUGGCCAGGAUCGCAGACUUGUGCUGAAGUCUCAUAUGUUCCUUCCUCAUCCUCUUGCUCUAACAAUAUUUGAGGAUCGUGUAUUCUGGAUUGAUGGAGAGAAUGAGGCAGUCUAUGGUGCCAACAAAUUUACUGGAGCUGAAUUGGUUACCCUAGUAAACAACCUCAACGAUGCACAGGACAUCAUUGUUUAUCAUGAACUUGUUCAGCCUUCAGGCAGGAACUGGUGUGAAGAGAACAUGGUAAAUGGAGGCUGUAGUUACUUGUGCCUGCCUGCUCCUCAGAUAAAUGAACACUCUCCGAAGUACACUUGUGCAUGUCCUGCUGGAUAUUUCUUACAGGAGGAUGGUCUGAGAUGUGAAGUUUCAGGUACUGGAACAACUGUGACUUACACUGAGGCUAAAGAUACCAGCACAACUGAAAAAUCUCCAACUGUUGGACUAGUUCCUGGAGGAUUCAACAUCAGUAGUGUGAUGUCUGAAGUAGCUGCAACAGGAGCAUCAGGAGCUUGGGCUGUUCUUCCUGUCUUAUUGCUGGUGAUGGCUGCAGUGGCUGGCUACUUCAUAUGGCGUAACUGGCAGCACAAGAACAUGAAAAGCAUGAAUUUUGAUAAUCCCGUCUAUCUGAAAACUACAGAAGAAGACCUCACAAUUGAUAUCGGCAGACACAGUGGUUCAGUUGGACACACCUACCCUGCAAUAUCUGUUGUAAGCACAGAUGAUGAUAUGCUGUGAGCACUGGAUUAGCAAUCGCUUUCAGUUUACUUUGUGUUUUACACUUACGGGGAUGAUAAACAUGCUUGUGGCUGAAAGACUUCCUCCAUUCUUGGAAGAAUGAAGAAACUUUCUCUGUGUAUGGAACACUUACAUAAUUAGCUGUUUUAUACAGCUUAACAACCAACUCUGUAAAUACCUGUCCACAACAAUUCAGCUUUUAGUGGUUACUAUUUUAUCAGUAACCCUUGAAUUGGUCAGUCAGUAACACCAGUGGCCAAAUACAAAGCACUUUCCAUAGAAAGCCAUAUUCCAGCCACAACUUGUGCUAUUGUGUAACAGCUGUACAUAUCUGUAUAUGCCACUUGUAAAUAUUAUUCCUGGAAGAUCACUACCAAGCACUUUGAAAUACUUAAAAUGUAAAUUAUUGUACACUGUCUUUUUCAAUGGUUGGGGCAAUGGCAAUAGGAGAAAACGGGUUACUAUGAUUGCCAAAAAUUUGUAAGCUAAGUAAUUUUGUAUGUAUGACUGAAACAAUCUUGUCUGUUAUCUCUUAGAGCUCUACAGGUAUGAAUGCUCUUUGAGGGAACCACUGUAAAUCUGAAAUGUGGAGAAGGGGGGGAAAUAAAAGAACAAGCACUUAAA